UCCUUUUCCUAUAAAACUCCGCAAAACAAGGUUCGUCUUUCUUCUUCUCCCUCGAUCGAUCGAGCGUUAUCCAUUCCGAUCUCUCCGGCUUCGACCUCGGCGUCGCCUUCCGAUUCGAUUAUGCUUCAGCGCUUCGUGGACCACCUGCUCGCCGUCACCAAAGAGUCAGUGAAGACAUUCACUAAUGAAUCUUUGAACAAUAUUGUGAGGUUCAUAAAUGGAGUGUCUGCUCUUGUGUUGGCUGUGCUUCCAGGAAAGGCUACAAUUUUAGAGGGCAUUCAUGGAUGGGAACUCAGACCAACCCUUCGAGGACCUCGUCUUCCUCGUUGGAUGGAAAAUGGGGUUUCUUCUUUCAAUAAAUUGAUUCACGAACUUUCAGUUGAAUCUGAUUCUUCGGCCAUAGACUCUCCGUCUGGGGAUGAAGAUGAUGCAGACAUGUUUCCUGCAUCUCCAUCAUCUCAGGUUUCUCAUUUAUCCCGUGCAAGCAGUUUUGCAAGAUAUGAUAGACGUCUGAUACACUUAAUUUGGUACAUGCUAUCGUGGAUAUUAUGGCCUGUGAUAAUUAUUAUGAGGAUACCAUUUAUCAUCCGCGGUAGAUCUGUGCCAGACAGAGGUGGUGCAAUCACCACAGACGGCACACGGCAUCCUACCAGAAGAACAGUUUCCCUAAAAGACCAUGUCGUGCACCGUACAACUGAUAGGAGACGUGGAGUGAUUGAGGAUCUUCAGCUGGCUAUUGAGAUAUUCAUCGAAGCUGUGUUUGAUAUUUUUCACAAGGCAACGUCCUUGCUUCUUUCCCCUUCUGAAAUUUGGCGAGUGCUAUUUGGCUGGUUUUCUUCCCACGGUAGCGAUGGUGGAGAUGAUCAUACUUAUGAUUUGGAUGUGCCUGUACAAACCGCGACUCUUGGUGAUAUUGAUCCAGCUACCUCUACAAGGCAGGCUACUUUUCAUCAGUCCAUGAACACAGAUGCUCGGACAUGUCAAGACGUCAUCACAGAGCUUGGGUACCCUUAUGAGGCUAUUCGUGUGGUAACUUCUGAUGGAUAUGUUCUACUACUAGAAAGAAUCCCAAGGCGUGACUCACAGAAGGUUGUGUAUCUACAACAUGGGAUAUUGGAUUCAUCAAUGGGUUGGGUGUCCAAUGGCGUUGUCGGUUCUCCUGCAUUUGCAGCUUUUGAUCAAGGUUAUGAUGUUUUCCUUGGAAACUUGCGUGGCUUGGUUUCGAGGGAGCAUGUAGACAAGAACAUUUCCUCACGCAAGUAUUGGAAGUAUUCGAUCAACGAGCAUGGUACACAAGACAUACCUGCAAUGAUAGAGAAGAUACAUCAAAUCAAAACUGCUGAACUAAACAACAGCUCUGAAGCAGAGUCGGGGGAAAUGCAGGAACAACCAUACAAAUUAUGUGUUGUUUGUCACAGUCUCGGGGGUGCGGUGAUGCUGAUGUAUGUCAUAACACGAAGGCUUGAAAAUAAGCCUCACAGGCUAUCAAGAUUAAUUUUGCUAUCACCCGCAGGCUUCCAUGAAGACUCCACCUUUGUAUUCACAUUAGUUGAGAAAGUCUUUCUCCUGGUUGGUCCUGUCCUUGCACCAAUUGUUCCAGGGUUGUACAUACCAACCCGAUUUUUCCGUAUGCUCCUCAACAAAUUAGCAAGAGACUUCCACAACUAUCCUGCCCUUGGGGGUCUAGUGCAAACUCUCAUGAGUUAUAUUGUUGGUGGUGACAGCUCAAAUUGGGUGGGGGUACUUGGAUUGCCUCACUAUAACGUGUACGACAUGCCUGGCGUGUCACUUUAUGUUGCCCUGCACCUAGCGCAGAUGAAGAGAGCAAGAAAGUUCAUAAUGUAUGAUUUUGGAAGUGCGGCUGCUAAUAUGGAAGCAUAUGGUUCCGCAGAGCCCUUGGACCUGGGUCAGCACUAUAAUCUCAUUGAUAUACCGGUUGAUUUGGUUGCUGGCCGGAAAGACAAAGUUAUAAGACCAUCUAUGGUGAGAAAGCACUACAGACUGAUGAGGAGGGCCGGUGUCGAGGUCUCAUACAAUGAAUUCCAAUAUGCUCAUCUGGACUUUACAUUCUCCCAUCGGGAAGAGCUACUUUCGUAUGUGAUGUCCUGUCUACUUCUUGUUGCAUAUCCGCAGCAUAACUCAGUUGGUCAGAAUUGUACCGUGCGAUUGAGGAAAGUGAACAAAGUUAGGAUAAAUGAAGAAGAAAUAAGCACUGAAGAUUAUACAGGAGUUUCUGAAGGUAAAGAUGUAGAUAGCUAAAAGAGUGGAUUUACGUAAAUUGUGCGUCUCUGUAAAUAUAGCUGGUUGUGAAAAUGGUGUUGAAUUUGUGUGACAAGGGAUUCCUUUUUUCACACCCCUUGAUUGCAAUACACACAGGAUCAAAAUGUUUUGCCUUUGGUCACCUGGUCUUGUACAUCAUCUUCAGAACAUCCAGGUUUGCAUCGAAAAUUUCAAGUUUGGUUUCUCGGAUGUGCAACUGGCUAUUACUACCAGUUCAGUGCUUACAAUUUGUAUUCUAUGAUUGAAAUUUAACAUACACUCUUACAUGCAACUUAAAGUAUGUGGUAAUGAAAAUUUUUGUGAAGUUCCAGGUUUGAGUAUAGUGUUUGGCUGGCAGAAAGUUGCGCUUGUUUUUAACAUGGGUGAUAAAUGGUGAUUUUGUUGUAAAUAAAUUCUCAAAGAAAGUUUCUA